UCGAGCGGUUUUUGUUCCGCUCUCGCCUGGCACUGCACGGAGAGAGACAGGCAGCAAUAACACACACAAACCAGCGGCUUUCUUCUUGUUUCAAACCGUGGUUCUUACUCCGAACCAGUCGUGGCAAACUAAAAGCCUUGCUUUGCACUACGGGAUCUCUGUAGGUCCUCAAAUGAAAGAUCAACUGCGAUUCAAAACUUCAGGAACAGAAGAAAUGUCUGCGACCAUCCUGUCCGGUCUCUACGACAUCGACAUGCUCUAUAAGGAUAAGAGCCUGAACAUGAACGCUCUGCAUCUCAACAGUAUGUUGGAUAAGAAGGCGGUCGGGGCUCCGGUCGCGGCCUCUGCUCUCGCCAACAGCUGCUCGUACGGGCAGGGAUUUUUCCGGCGCAACUCUGCGAGCAGCGCUGACUGCACAAACAACGGCAACAAGUACUCGGCUACAUGCUACAGUAACCUGAAAGAGAGCUGCAGCAGCACCGCCAUCAUGAACAAGGAGAACAAGUUCCGUGAGCGCGCCUACAGCGAGACCGGUGAGCGCAGUCAGCAGCUGCAGGCGCUGCAGCAGAAACCCGGCUCACAGAUCAACUCGACCCGGUACAAGACUGAACUGUGUCGGCCUUUUGAGGAGAACGGCGCCUGUAAGUACGGGGAGAAGUGCCAGUUUGCGCACGGCUACCACGAGCUGCGCAGCCUGUCUCGCCACCCCAAGUACAAAACCGAACCGUGCCGUACUUUCCACACCAUCGGGUUCUGCCCGUACGGGCCGCGCUGCCACUUCAUCCACAACGCUGACGAGCGCAGACCCGCACCAGCCAACGCCAACAGCGCGCCGCCUGAACUGAAGCCGAGCCGAGACCUGAUUCAGCAACAGGCUGCUGUUGCAGCUUUCCGAGACCGACCCAAACUCCACCACAGCCUGAGCUUCUCCGGCUUUUCCACCCAACACGGACUGGACUCGCCUCUUAUUGAGAGCCCGACAUCCCGCACUCCUCCUCCGCCUUCCUCUUCUUCUUCCUCCUCCGACGCCUCUCGAGCCAGCGGACCGUUUUUCGAAGCACCGAGUGCUAACGGCGCCUUCUCUUCGUUCGCCGCUGCGCAGGACCUGAAAGCGCUGCUCGCUCCUCUAGCUGUCCACGCCGGCUAUCAGUCAAACCCCGCAUACUACAGCAGCUUCCAGACCCCUAUAGGACCCCCUUCUCCUCCCUACAGCCUCGGGCCCUUGCAGGCCCUUCAGCGCCUGUCCGAGUCGCCUGUCUUUGACUCGCCCCCCAGCCCCUACGACUCCAUGUCGGACCGGGACAGCUACGCCAGCGGCUCCCUCAGCUCUUCAGGAAGUCUCAGCGGCUCCGAGUCGCCCAGCUUGGAAGCCGGGAGACGUUUGCCAAUCUUCAGCAGGCUGUCGAUUUCCGAUGAUUAAUAUGUUAGUGUGGUUAAAUGUUCUUGUUUUUUUGUUUGCUUUCUUUGUAUGGGAUUCGCCAUAUUGUUCGUUUUAUUUCUUUAACGGACUGGACGAGGACUUCUUCUUCGUCACAGUUAUCAAAAUGGCGUCUCAUCAGCGACCUGUAACUAGGUGGACUUUAAAGAAACAACCAAGGGCAGGUGACUCUUCAGAUCAGACCCUUGGUGUGGCAUUAGUUCGUUUAUCCUUCUUUUUUUCCCCCCCUCUUUCUCUCUCUUUCUUUUCUGCUCGAACCGAUAGCUAUGAAAGUAGAUAUCGACCGAAGGCAUUCCACCGGUGACUCUGACCAGCAUACAGUCGCAGUGUUUUGGUUCAUGAGACCAUCACACCUUUUUUUUUUUUUUUUGGGUGCACAAAACUUUUGAACGUGAAAGACGGAGAGAUAUUUAAGAUGUUAUUUUCCCUCCAUCCUACCAAGAAUAUGCCUUGACACACACAAGUAUCAGUUCGCCUGUGUAUGCGCUUCUGAAAGCUUAACAACAACAACAAACUUCCAUUCCAAAAGUUGAAGCAGUUUGUCGGUCACAGCGCCACCCAGUGGUUCGGUUGGGUUUAGUGUAGUCGUGUUGGCUCUUAACUGAAGCACUCUUGUUCGGUCUGUUGGGAAAAUCACUGCUGAUGGUUGAAUAUUAUAUUAUUAUAAUAUUAUAUAUAUUUUUUUAGCUGUUUUGAGCGAUUACAUAGCAGUACAUAACUGGCUAUGACCUAUUUAACUUAUUUAUUAUCUUGUGAAAAGUAUAGGCUACAUUGGUAAUUGUGUCCAUACUGUAUUUAUCAAGUAUGUUGAAGCAAUAGAUCUAUAUUCUUUUAUUAUGUUUAAAUUAUGAUCGCCAUUAUUAAUCUACAUAAAGUGGAGUGUAUGUUUUUGUUUGUUUUUUUUCUCCUCUUUUUUUUUUUUUUUUCCACAGUAAUAUAUUUUUUGUUUUUGGUCUUUUGUAACUUCACUUGGUUAUUUUAUUGUAAAUGAGUAAAAAGAAACCUUAAUUUAAGAGAUUUGUAUGUGAUAUUUAUUUCAUUCAUUUUUGUUUCUUUGUUUACGUACAUUUAAAAACAAACGUUUGAUUUGACAUUUGUUGGGAUGUCGUUUGUGGAAGAUUUUUUUUCCCCCCCCCUCUCUCUUCUCCAAUUUCUUUUAAGAAUCCCUAGUCGUGUCCCAUUUUUAGCUAUGUCUAUGGAAUGUAUGAACCACGUGGUUGUCAAAACACCGUCCAAACUAGUAGCGAUCAUUCUUUAAGAAGCCAGACUUGUGAGACGAUGAUCCUAGGUGAAUAAACUAACCAAAAAAGUAUUUUCUUUUCUUUUCCUUUCAUUGUGAUGCACAGAGCCAGGCUAGGACUCCCUGCCAUGUGCUUUGAGAAUGUAGCAAUCCCAAGCCCCAGUAUUACUGCCUUUAGUGCCUAAGGGGUCCACCACCAUACAUGCCUUAUUGUUAACCAAAUAAAGUAUUUUGUUACAAGUCAUUGUUUUACACACACAGAAGAUGAAUGUAGGUUUGAAUUUGAACUCUCUGGAAGGUUGUUACCACUUGUCAUAAGAGGGGCCUUGGAGCAACCAGUGAAGCUUUUUUUUUUUCCCUUCUUUCCCCUGAUGUUUCUUUGAAACUCCCCAUUCCUCCUAUAGACUUUUUAGUUGGAUUCUUGUUCUCUCGAUCGCCUUUUGAUAUGGUAUUGGUCUAAGGGUUCUGAACUUGCUGGAUGGACAAGAAGUUGAACACAUUUUGCUUGUACAUAGUAGGUACAGGGGCUGGGCACUAUGUACUUUUUCUUGACUACUUUAUCAGAAGUAAAGCUUUUUGAAUGUAACUUAAAUGGACAAAAAAGACGACGAGUUAUACUUGUGGGGUUUGGGGUUUUUUUGGAAAAGGGGGGGGUCAGUUCACUACAAGUUGCGUGUGAGACUGUUAACUUUGUACUGUACAUUUUUUUUUUUUUUGUAGUUGUCCCAAUAAAAUUAUUUGGAAAAAAGUG